AUCUUCUCCCCCACUCAGCAGACAUCUCUCUUCUCUCUCUUUCUCUUUGAGAAAAUCAAUCAAAUUCCAUCACAACACCAAAGAAGAACAGAAGCCCAUUGCAGCUAUAAGGAUGAGCUCAAGACUUCUUUGCACUGCCAUUUUGCAUCUUUCCUGCUGCCUGUUUCUACUUUCAGGCACAAGCAUGGCAGAGAAGCAUCCCCUAGAAGCAAUCAGAGAAAGCAUGAGAACAGAUUUUCAAGAGAGACAACAUACCUUUUCACAUGCAAUGUAUGGUACCCAACUAGAUGAUGUUCCCAUCAUCAAUCCAACAAUCCCAAAUAUAACUCCCAUUCCACCAGGUCCUCCAACAAACCCAAUCACCCCUCCCAGUCAGGGCUCUCCAACGAUUCCGGGUCCCACGACACCCACUAUUCCCAAUCCCGACCCAGGCUCUCCAAUAACUCCAAUUCCCCCAACACCCACCAUUCCUGGUUCUCCAACCAUAAACCCGACGCCGAACCCAAACCUGACGCCGAACCCAAACCCAAACCCGACACCAACAAAUCCAUCCGGAGCAUCACAAUGGUGUGUUGCCAAGCAAGGUGCUGCUGAUCUUGCUUUACAGGUAGCUUUGGACUACGCUUGUGGACUCGGGGGUGCAGAUUGUUCAGCUAUUCAGACAGGACAAAGUUGUUUUGACCCUAACACAGUUAAAGACCAUGCCUCUUAUGCAUUCAACGACUACUACCAGAAGAACCCAGCUCCUACCAGCUGUGACUUUGGAGGAACAGCACAGCUUGUUAGCACAGAUCCAAGUACUGGGAACUGCCACUAUACAUCGGGAGGUGCUUCCCCCACCACCCCUGCACAGCCGUCUCCAACCUUUGAGCCACCUGCAACACUCAUGCCGCCUCCAACCCUUGACACACCUCCAAGCCCCAUAUCACUAAGGUAAAAUUUGAAAAUCACAUUGAAUCUUGAUGAUGCUUGACUUAGUACAAGGAAAUCUUGACUUAGCCAAAUACGGAUGAUACUUAAUUGGAGCACCACGCAGUGAGACAAUGAUACUUUUAUACUCUAAGCAAAAAUUGAAAUAGUUCCUGUUUUUGGCAUGU